AAAAACUGUAAUUUGUUUGAAGAAUUUGAAACCAUUUGUAAUUUGAGUAUAAUAAUUAAAUGGUGUUUUUAAUACAGAAUUUAUCGAAAAAUAUUACUCAGAGUGAAUUGUAUAUUUGAUUAAAGUGUAUAUCGAAAUGGAUGUCGAUACAGAUGGCAGGAAGUCUCGAUCCCGUAGUAGAUCUGUGGAUUCAGAAAUGUCUCAUGAUGGUUCCACACACUCAAGAAAAAAAUCCAGAUCAAAAUCUCGUUCUCGGUCCCGCAGCAUAUCACAUUCUCCCUCCAAGUCCAGAUCUAGAAGUGGGUCACAUACGUCUUCACGCUCAAAGUCUGGCUCGCCUGCUCGUUCUAGAAGCAGUAGCCCUGCAAAGUCUAGAUCCCGAAGUGGGUCACCGGCUAAAUCAAGAUCUCGUAGUGGAUCACCUGCAAAAUCUAGAUCCCGAAGUAGUUCCCGUGCGAAAAGUCGUACUCGGAGCGAAUCGCGGGCCGAGGCUCGUUCUAGAAGCGGCUCAUUGAAGUCUCGCAGCAGAUCACGAAGCGGUUCGAGAUCUAAGUUCAAUAACGCUUCCCAAAGAACAUCUCGCAGCGUCACUCCAAAAGUAGACAAGAGAGACAACAGAAGCAAAUCAGACUCCCCUGCCAACUUAGAGAUUGAUGAAGAUGCAACCAGCGCGAGGAGAUCGCGCAGUGGCUCUAAAGAAAGGAGAUCAAGAUCCAAAUCUGCUGGGUCCCGCGCCGGCCGCUACCGGUCUGCUGAAGCUGAGGGGCAAAGAAAAAGUAGGUCACAUUCGAGGUCCCAGCCACGAAAAUCACGAUCUCGUUCGCAUUCCAAAUCGCGCUCUCGCUCUAAAUCCCGCUCCAAAUCGCGUUCUCGCUCCAAAUCCCAUUCUCGCUCUAAAUCCCGCUCCAAAUCGCGCUCUCGCUCUAAAUCCCGCUCCAAAUCCCAUUCUCGCUCUAAAUCCCGCUCCAAAUCCCGUUCUCGCUCCAAAUCCCGUUCUCGCUCUAAAUCCCGCUCCAAAUCCCGUUCUCGCUCUAAAUCCCGCUCCAAAUCCCGUUCUCGCUCUAAAUCCCGCUCCAAAUCCCAUUCUCGCUCUAAAUCCCGCUCCAAAUCCCGUUCUCGCUCCAAAUCCCGUUCUCGCUCUAAAUCCCGCUCCAAAUCCCGUUCUCGCUCUAAAUCCCGCUCCAAAUCCCGUUCUCGCUCUAAAUCCCGAUCCAAAUCUCUCAUUAAAUCUCGUUCGAGAUCGAAGUCUAGGUCUCGUUCCAAGUCUCGCUCCGUGUCUCGAUCGCGCUCGAGGUCGCGCUCCGGCUCCAAGUCAGUGCGGUCAAGGUCCCAAUCAAGGUCCAGUUCUCGUUCCGGCUCCGGUUCGCCCUCGCGCAGGGGUAAAAAACGGCGAGCUGUUCGACUCGAUUCUGAUGAUGAAGGAGAGCCCAAGCGAGCCCGAGACGAGGGAGACGAGGCGCCCGAGGUGGAAGGGGAGGGGCGGGUGCUGGACACGGAAGCCGCGCAGCCCGACAGCUCCGACGAUGACAUCGCACCCGACUCUAAGAGUGCGGAGGCGGCGGGCGGGCUGUCCGACUUCGAGGUGAUGUUGGCGCGCAAGCGGGACGAGCGGCGGGGCCGGCGGCGGCGCAGGGACAUCGACAUCAUCAACGACAACGACGACCUCAUCGCGCAGCUGCUGCAGUCCAUGAGGCAGGCGGCCGACGAGGACAGGGAGCUCAAUCGCAAGAACCAACCCGCCGUGAAGAAGGUGUCCAUGCUGAAGACGGCCAUGUCGCAGCUGAUCAAGAAGGACCUGCAGCUGGCCUUCCUGGAGCACAACGCGCUCAACGUGCUGUGCGACUGGCUCGCGCCCAUGCCCAACCGCGCGCUGCCCUGCCUGCUCAUCCGCGAGACCGUGCUCAAGCUGCUCACCGACUUUCCGCCCAUAGACAAGUCGUUGCUGAAGCAGUCCGGCAUCGGCAAGGCCGUGAUGUACCUUUACAAGCACCCCAAGGAGACCAAGGCCAACAGAGAGCGAGCCGGCCGACUCAUCUCCGAGUGGGCCAGGCCCAUCUUCAACCUCUCCACAGAUUUUAAAGCCAUGACGCGGGAAGAGCGACAGGCACGAGAUGAAGCCAUGGCGGGCGGGCGGCGGCGGGAUGACCCCGGACCCUCCGCCAGCGCGCAAGACGAACCCAGGGCGCGGCGGCCGGGCGAGGCGGGCUGGGUGGCGCGCGCGCGGGUGCCGCAGCCCUCCACCAAGGACUACGUGUACCGACCCAAGUCCACCUGCGACCUGGACAUGUCCCGGACCACUAAGAAGAAGAUGACCCGCUACGAGAAGCAAAUGAAGAAGUUCGUGGAUCAGAAGCGACUGAAGAGCGGCUCGCGGCGCGCGGUCGAGAUCUCCAUCGAGGGCCGCAAGAUGGCGCUGUGAGCCGCCAGCCCCAUUCAUGUAAUCGCUUGUGCUCUACUAGGUACACCGACUCUAUAUAGUUCAUUAUAGUAAAUAGAAGUAUGUCAAAUGAACGUUGCAGUAAAUAGACACUGCGGACGUGGCCCGGGGGAGGCCGAGUCGUACUUUACACUAUGUUAAAAUGUAUUGUGACAGUUUAUUUGAUUUCAACAGGAAAAAUACAAUGCGUUGUAUUAACACUAUAUAUACAUAGUUACUUAUCGACCGAGUGCUUUACUGAAGUCGAUUUUUAAGGAAUAAAUUAUAAACAGAACAUCUUAAAAUAUGUUGUGAAAUUUUUGAAUUCUGCCUCGAACGGGGCGGUCUUCUUAAACCAGUGAUGACGCGUCACACGUUGGCGCCGUGGGAGGCGGUGACGCGCGCGUGUGACGUCACGCGCGUGGCGCCGCGCGCGCUCGGCCAGGGAACGGAGCGGCCGCUCGCCGGCGCUGCUAAUAUGUGAUGUUACUUUUAAGUUAACAAUAAAUAAGUUAUAAAAAUUAUA